CUCGGCAAAAGGUUCAAGAGAAGCAUCCCAUUUGCUCAUGACUAGUUCAGACUACUGUCUCUGCAAAUGGUUGUUCCACCUGAUAAAGCUUCCGCUGACUUUGACUUGCUGCACCGCAACGAAUAUACGUUCUGUCUUGUUUCGACCACUUACACAUGUCCUUUCAGUCCUGGAGAUGUUGUUUACGUGAAGCUGCGAUCUCAGAAGGAUACAGGUCGAGCAACAAUCCUUGCCGACGCGGACCCAUCUGGGAGAAUUCUUGUCCAGUAUCAUGCCGACAAAAGCAUGCUGUAUCAUGUCAAUCCCCAGCGGCUUGUUAAUGUGUAUCCCACUGACACGCCCCUUAUUCUCUUGUGCGAGAAUACAACCGAUUAUCGUACACUAGCACGUUCGCAAAUCGACCGAAACGACGUUGUUGCGGAGAUAGGAUCCUCUUACGGAGUGUGCACAAAUAUUUUAUCACAGCACGCCAAGCAAGUCUUUGGGAUUGAAGUAUCCCAGCAGCUUGUUGACGAGGCCCGAAAACGAUAUCCGCACUUGGUAUUUCACAACAUCAACAUUCUGGAGCAUAAAUCUAGGGCUGCAACUAUUAUGCAGGAUGUGAACAAGGUGUUUGUGGACAUUGGCGGUAACAGGGAGAUUGGCGUCGUCGUUAGAGCAUUAGCCUUUCUGAUCGACAGAAUUAAACCUAGCCUAAUUGUCGUGAAGAGCGAGGAGCUAUUUGAGAGUGCCCAGCGACAUCUUGACAAAUCCUCGUCAAAUAACGAGAGUGGGAGGAUACCAGACGGUCCGUGCUGGUUUGAAACCUUGUGCAAAGAUCAUGCCAUUUGCGAUGGUCAAACAAGUUCAGCUGAGAGUUGGUUUCUCCGAGCCAGACGGGAUGGGUUCACCAAGAACCCGUUGCGGUAUCCGAUACGAAUGACUUCCGAUGGCGUGGCAAUCUGCAAGUUGCAAAACUACCGAGAGGAAGGCUGCCAGAAACUCAGUCUUUGUCGAUUUGAUCAUAUUCAUUGUCACCAUUGUGGUCAUGCAGGCCAUAAAGCACUUCACUGCCCGCUUGUCAAUACAUGAGUACCAGCGAGAGCCAACCCUUUCAUGCUGAUGGAAUCAUUGGCACCCUAUGUAUUUAUGAUCGCGCGGUAUCUGAAGUCAUUCACCUGUGGCCGCUACCUCCCCGGCCGAGUACCAUAGAAGAGCAUUGGUAUCCAAUGAGUAUAAAUUCAAGAUUUCUACAAUAAUUAAGCUGAUGGUGCACCC